UCACGGACUAGGAAGUGCGAAAUGUUUGCACGUUCGUUUGCCGGUAUUUUUGUAACGUAAAAUGGGCGUUACUGCCUGAGACUACGAGAUCAUUCUCUGCGAUCGCCGCAGCCAUGGUAGCCGGCGUCCCCAGCCUCAACAUCAAGCAGCUCGACUGCAAGCAGGGCGCCGUUCGUGCGGUCCGCUUCAGCGCGGACGGCAACUACUGCCUGAGCGGUGGCAGCGACCGCACCGUCAAGCUGUGGAACCCGUUCCGCGGCGCACUCCUGCAGACCUACCUCGGCCACGCCGGCGACGUUCUCGACAUCCGGGGUUCGUGCGACAACGCCACCAUCGCGUCGGCCAGCACCGACAAGUCCGUCGUGCUCUGGGACGUCACGACGGCCAAGAGCUCGCGCAAGUGGCGCGGCCACGCCGGCGCCGUGCAGGCCGUGUGCUUCAACGAGGACUCGACCGUCGUAAUAUCGGGCUCCAUAGACGGCAGCGUAUGCUGCUGGGAUACCAGGAGUCGGGCUCGCGACCCUCUGCAGGCGCUGAAGGAGGCCCGCGACGCCGUGACGAGCGUGCUGGCCACCGAUCACGAGAUCGUCAGCUCGUCGCUCGACGGAUCGGUGCGUCGCUACGACCUCCGCAUGGGCAAAAUGUGCACGGACACGCUGGGUUGCCCGGCGACGCGAGUGCAGAUGACGCGGGACGGCCUGUGCGUGCUCGUCAGCUGUCUCGGGGCCACGCUGAGACUCCUGGACAAGGCGUCGGGACAGUCUCUGCAGCAGUUCGCCGGUCACAAGAACGCGCAGUUCUACCUCGACUGCUGCCUCAAUCAGGACGACUCGCACGUCUACUCCGGGUCCGAGGACGGUCAGGUCUGCUGCUGGAACCUCGUCGAAGGAUCGCUGGUAGAGAGGUUAAAGCACCCGACCGAAGCGCCGGUGUCGUCGCUGUCUCAACAUCCGUCGAAACCGGUGCUUCUGACGGCGACUCGGGGACUGGUGUAUCUCUGGGGAGAGCCCGAAAGCGUCGCCAAAGACCCCUAAUGCGACGACUGCUUGGUUCAGCAUUGUGUACCAGAUGAUGAAAGUGUUUCAGUGUGAGCAAGCUUGAACAGGUGAUACUAGCAUCCAGUAGGGUGGGGGCUUGCAUUGUGAAAUGGGAACACCGUGGUUCCGCAACAUCAAGAGUCUAGAAACAGUUACUGCUCAACAUGUUCGAGAUGAGAAGUCGUGUCAUGGCAAAAGGACGCUGUGCAUUCAGUGCAAAUA